AGAGACAGAUCAAGUAAACAAAUGAAAACAAAGUAAAGAAAGAAAAGAAGAAAAUAAAAUUAAAAGAAGAAAAACUAGCACGGAUAUGGAUUGACUAGAAAUAUGGCUGUAUUUUACUGUAAGAGAUGUAGCUUUUAAAUGAUGAUAAAAAAGGUAAAACAAAUCACUGAUUCUGGUAAUUUAUUCCAGUCAGUGACAGUUCUAUUAAAAAAAGGAGGACAAAACUGUUUAUGGAGAAAGACUGUUAACAAGAGGUGGAAUGCGAACAUGUUUAGAGCGAUGAAGGCGUAAAGAAGCGUAGUGAGGAUAAUAAACAGGAUAAAAAAUGGAGAGAGGACUAAGAUGAUGGUAAAUUUUAAAAAACUGAAUAAGUCUAAAAUAUUUACGGCCAAGAGCGAGAAUUGGAAGAGAAAGUUGUGAUACACGUAAAGAACUAGCUUGUUUGGUUUUAGGAAAGGUGAUUAUCAUCGUUAUAAAGCUGAAUUUGCUACAAAUGAUGAUCGUAAGGAAGCAGCUGAGAAUAGUUUGGUUGCUUAUACAAAAGCAAACGAUAUUGCACAAAAUGAAUUACCUCCAACACAUCCAAUUAGACUUGGUCUGGCAUUAAAUUUUAGUGUUUUCUAUUAUGAAAUAUUAAAUACACCAGAACGUGCUUGUCGUCUUGCAAAACAGGCGUUUGAUGAUGCAAUUGCUGAAUUAGAUACAUUGAAUGAAGAUACAUACAAAGAUUCCACAUUAAUCAUGCAAUUAUUACGGGAUAAUUUAACAUUAUGGACAACAGAUAUGCCUGGUAGGUUUGCGUGA